ACAGAUACUACUAGUAUAUAAGGCAUCCUGUAUUGAUUAAAACAACACCAACGUAAAUUGAAUCAACAAGUAAAGUGCCAGUCAUGUUGAUGAUUUAUAUAGCAGUUUUACUUCUUUUAGUUCCGGUGGCGAGCGCAGUGUUGGAGACUAACCACCUUAUUCAAAUUGACAAUGAUGGCCGUAAAGUGUCUAUGGAUGUCACAUAUGACUCGGACAAAAACACCGUCCAUGUUGUAAUCGGGGAUGUGUCCAUGUACAAACAGGGUGUCCAGACUGUGAAUCUUCACGAUUAUAAUACUGGUUACGGAGUUUUAAAGAACAUUAAUGACAGAAUAUGUCUUCUAGGACGUGCACCAUUCCCAAAGGCAACACCUGAAAAAUACAGAGUCGGAUUAACUCACGAAGUUUAUGACCAUUUGCUGGACAUCAAUUCUACCCGACUAACACUUGACGAGAUUAAUACUGUUGCUGGACCAAAUAUUGCCACCUUCUGCAAGACAUAUUCAACUUACUACGUGACAGCGACACCUUUACACAGGAAUGCAAGAGCACUAGAACAGUCUAAUCCCGACACAGAACCACAGACAAUAUGGUGUGUGGCCUCUAGCUGUAUUACAAAUAGUAACCAGUAUCAACAGAUAUUGACGACCAAGUGAUAUUAUCUAUGAAGUUUAUAAUAAAUGUCAUGUUGAA